AUGCACAGAAGGGAACGUAUAUUUGUUGAUGUGCUAUCGUUUCAACCCGAGGAGAACACACGAGCAAUGAAGACGGAGUAUCACCAACAAUCUCUACCCAAUGCGGAGCGGCACCUCGAACAUUGGAAUUCAAUUGGCUCAAUCUGGAAAGCAGCGACAACUAUCCUCGUGAUCCGAUAUCUUUUCUUUGGACGACCAGAGCUAGUACCUGCGUCUAUUGCUGCCUCAUCAACAUCUCAAUUCACCGGUUUGAUGGAACCUUUCGUACAAGAGGUGCAGUCUUUCCACGGUGUUGAGGAACUUAGUACCAACGACUAUCUUACAGCAAGUAUUCACACGGACGGCCCGUUGUCUCGAAGUCCAUCCACAUCACCCCUACCAUCGCCCCGCCUUGCCACCGAGCCACCGAACUCCAGUCUGUGGGACGCCCGCUACGAUAUCCACGCCGAAGCUUUCAGCACCCUCGCGUCCACCCUAACUGCUUUGCAGCCGCAUAUGGAGCCUCUUACCCUUCGAUGUGUCCUCAUGCCAGUCAUGAUUCUCUCACUCGUCAGCCGACCCAACAGCGAGGAGCGCAGCAUCUGCGCCAUCUACUUUGCUAAACUGGAAGAAUUCAUGAUGAGUACUUCCCGAGAUACGAACGACGCCAAAAACACGGCCUAUUCAAUCCCAUGGGAAAAGUUAGAUGCAUAUUCAAAAGCGGUGGAGACGCAGCGAGGUGACGGGACGCCGUCAAUGAAAGGUAGCGCGCCGGAGUGGAACUGGUGGGAAAUGCUCAAUCAUAUCGAUUUAGACCUUUCAUGGCCAGUCACAGCCGCUAACUCGCACCUCGAACGCGAUUCCGCUUUCUGGGCGUACAAGCUCAUCGCUGCUGUGGCUAAUAAGGAGAGUUUCAACGUUUGGCUGGAGGAGACGGGGGCGGUAAAGGGGAUACGGGUGGGUGAGAUACUGGCUUGA